UGUAAAAAAUGCCCCAAGUUACUUUUCCAGCAACUUCCCCAUGGUUUCUAGCCGUAUUGUGGUGCCUUCAUGCCUGCACCAGCUCAGCCAAUGGCUUUGCAAGCUCUCCACCACAAGGUAGAACAUUGUCAGUCCCAGAUCAACUGUCUUUGACCCAUGUGUUAUGUCUAGGUACGUGUAAACUAGUGGGAGAGACUACAAACAUCACACACUAUGAGAGGUGUCUGUUCCACAUCACAUAUCAGUGUAGAGGCACAGCUCCAGCACAAGAGGUUGCUGUUACCACUUCCAGUGGUCAGAGAUUUGUCUACACGACAUUGUCUGAUGGCGUCAUCUUCAAGUCCACACAAAAUGGUGACAUCAUAGUCAUUGAUGUCACCAUCAAUGACCCGGAAUGGACACACAAUGGUAAGUGGGAGUUGGGCGGGAAAGACUACGUUACAGCAAAAGCAACUGUCGACCUUGUAGGUAUGUCAAGCAUUCCGGUUGCAACAAUCCUUCUUGGCAUAAUCUUUUAUUUUACAGACUUCGAACGGUUAAGAGUUGAACACAGCAAAUGGUUAUCCUGCCAAGUUGUUGGUGCAGAUCAGCCUGAGCAAUCUUACAUACAAAGUACCAUCGAUAUCAACCUCAUAAGCAAUGGCCAGAAAAUAGGAAUACCAGACGGUCCACUUCGUUUACUUCAAAAUGGUACAAUCGUGCAAGACUUUCUUGAAUCCGACAACCCACAUAUACAAGGAUGUCACGUAGAAAUGAAGUCGGUUUACAGUCAAUUCUGCCACGGAUCUACAAGCACCAACAGCAGCCCUUCUCCCACUCUUCGUAUACCAACUGGAAAAAAUACAGAUGCAACUUCCUCCAUCAGCAAUAGAAAUGGAUCCAAAUCAAGUACAGUAAUAGUUAUAGGAGUGGCCGUAUCAUGUGCUGCUGUUGUCAUUGUCAUUUCCACCAUCAUCAUCAUCAUAGUUAGAAAGUCCAAAUUUAACAGACGACAACACGGAGAGUGCGAGGACGAGCAUGACGGCAUACAAGCUACAGAAGCUUCUGAAAGCUACACGCCAGUAGUAAUAAGCACAAACAAUGACCGUAGAAUCAAUGCUCCGGGUGUGCAUAGACAAGCCACAAGUGAGCGCCAACUCUCUGAACCCGUCGUUUGUUCACCAACAACUCAUGAAUCAAUUGUCUGACUCCAGGUACCAUAGUGUGCAGGUUAGCAUAAAUUUGUUGUCUAGUAAAAGUGAAGACACCGUACAGCAACCGCUUAGAUGCCGUAAGCAGAGCUGUUUUAACUGCCAAUAGCUUGUGAUUCUUUGAUCUUUUAGUUUUAUCCCGUUCAGUUAGUGCAAACACGCUUCUUCUGUUUACUGAUUAGAGCUGAACAUAGCACAUAAACUCUUUGCUGCUUGCAAUAGUUAAUUUUUGCAAUCAUGAUGAACAAUAAAAUGCUGCUAGUGAUUGAUUUGAUUUCUGAAGUAUUACUCGUGUGUGUGUG